AUGUCAUCGCCAGGACAACACCACCAACACCACCACCACCACCAUCAUCACCACCACUACUAUGCCCCCUUCGAAGUGGUUGUCCACAACUCGCCCGAGGACUGCUGGGUGUCCCUCUUGGGGAAGGUCUUCAACAUAACUCCCCUCCUCAAACAACACCAAGGAGAGAGCUGUGUGAAACCUCUGAUAGCCAUGGCGGGAAAGGACAUCAGCCACUGGUUUGACGAGAAAACGGGGGAUAUCCAGCACUACAUACACCCUGUGACAGGAUGUCGAGUGCCUUACUGCCCCCAUGGACCUAUUCCGGACGUGUCGGUGGAGGUGCCCGCAACUUCUUGGAAACCUCUGGAGAGACUACCCUGGUGGUUGGACGAGAAAUACCAGAUCGGUCUGCUGACGAAGAGAGUCCGUCCGAUCCGCAUCAUCAACAUGCUGUGUCCCACUGAAGUGGUGCUGAACGUUUGUUGCGAGGAUACCUUCAACAGAAUCCUGCAGAGGUAUCUCAUGUUCAACAGCGACGCUGAAAGCUACAACUGGACGUACUUGGAAAGGUUUGUUGAUAUGAAUAAAACAAUGGACGAGAACGGUAUACCGGACGAAAGGGACUUGUUCACAGAUUUAGGACUACCUCAGAAUUCUUACAUACCAUGUAUCCUCCUUUACUACAAGGACGAUCUUAAAUAUUUCGACUUUGAUGAUGACAACGAGGAAGAAGACAUUUGCAAAUAA